GUUGUCAAGAUGAUCAGGGCCGCGAAGAAGUUUUUCUCUCUGCUUGACAUGCCCAAGCCAGUCAAAUCCAGACUCCUAGGAAAGUUCGAGAUGCGGUGCGUCAUGUUCGUGCACAAGAAAUCUGUGAAGGGUUCUAAAUCGUGGGGAUCCAUUGAAGAGAUUGGGGCGCAGUUCUUGAUGGAUGUCUACCGUGAGCAUCCGAAUGCUAAAUCGGUCGAAGCACCCUGGCCUGCAACCCAUGUGACGAUGGAGGCAACUGCUGGGGCCGACCCUCAGAAUUGCAGUGGUCUCCGGAACUUGGGAGACGGCUCGAUCGACACCAGCUUCAUCAACAGCAUGGGCUUCAAGGUCGGCGUGCAGGUGGCCUCGAACGUUGGAGAGAAUAACGGCCAGCUGUACACCAUCAGCGAGAUGACCGAGGACACGGCCACGUUGAGGGCCGGCGGGGGCAAGAAGGCGAAGCCCAUCCAGAUCUCGCUGCACCAACUGGCUGACGACUACACGGUGAAGAAGCAGGACGAGUUCGUGACUGUGAGC